UGGCCUCCGUCCGACCCCCCUCAAAGUCCCGUUCUCGAUCUGGUACUGCCGUCUGCCGUACUGGUACUGAGAGUGAGAGCUGGCCGUUUCGUGAUUCGUCUCAGUUUGAUUCCAGCCUUGAUAUUGUCCGUACGACGAUGAGGGGCUGUCGCGUCGGAUGCGUCGUCCGUCGUCCUUAGGUCUCCUCCCAGUCAAACUACCGACUUCCCUUUAAUGUAGACGACAAUAUCCCGUUUUUAUCCGUUUGACGCUGGACGACAGCCAUGGGCCGAUACCUCUCACUUUUCGUCGUUUGCCUCGUCCUCGGCGAGAGGUCCGUCUCUUCCGAGUCUUACGGCGGAGACACGCUCGUCCUCCCGAGCCCGGAGCAGAAUGUCAUGCCGUUCGACCCUGUCCACUACAGCCCGGCCAACAUCUCAAAUAAUUACAAGAGCUCGAUGAAAAUCAACUCCCGAGGGAUGGGCCACCUGUAUUUCAUAACGAAAAAGUUCAUGGACUUCAUCCUGGAAGGGGAGGCUUUUCCACCUGGUUUUAUUACACUUGAACAAAAUAAACUCCAUAUUUCUAGAGAUUACUAUUCGUUGGUUGUACAUUACUGUUGGCUGCUCCUCGUUUGUUUAGCGGCUGGUUGCUUAGCAGUUGUAGUUCCUGUAAUCGGACUGCUGUUCUGUUGUUGCAGAUUGGCAGGACGUUGCGGAGCAAGGACAAAACCUUUUGACAAAAAAUAUGAUACAUGUCGAAGACAUUUUUAUGCAUUUUUGCUGUCUUCUGUUACUGUUCUUAUAAUGUUUGGGGUUGUUUGUGCAGUCGUUACUAAUGAGUAUAUGGAAGAAGGAGCCCAGAAUUUACCCAAAACUGUACGUGUAUCCAUCAUGGAUACAAAAUUAUAUUUAAAUAAUACAAGGCGGGAAGUAAACACACUUUUGGUUACAAAUUUUGGAGAACUUGAUGUUGUACUGAACAAACUUUUAAGAAAAAGUGGAGAAAUUGUUAAGAACAAACUUGGUGAAAUCUCCAAAGCUGCUGUCCUUACCAAUUUGACGACCAUUGUCCAAGGGCUCAAGAAUAUCCGAAUUGAUCUAGAUAAUAUGGAUUACCUUACCAAAUCCCUUAAAGCAAAAGCAACCGAGCUAGAAAUCGUCUUGAGAAAUGUAAGAUCCAACCUUCUCUCCAGAUUGAGAAUGUGCAGAAGUGAAAGGGCAUGCAUUGACUUUCUCAACAAGUAUAAUUUAACCGCACUUACCCUUGAGGCCAAUUUCACCCAGCUACCGAAUGUGACCCUGAGCCUGGUCAACGUGUCAAAUAUUCUUGCAACUGACAUUGAAGAUGAAGUGAUUAAAGGAAGAGACGAAUUUGACAGGAUAAAAGUCAGCAUUCAGAAAUCUGUUGAUCGUACUAUACCUGACAUAUCAAAAGAAAUUACUAAAGCCGGGGAAAUUCUUAAAAGGAAUGCUGAUAAAGUGAUUAGUGUACUUGACAAACUUGAAGCGAACUUCGGCAACAUCAAUUAUAGGGCAAUCGAUGAAGGAGAGAAAGUCGUAAUGCAGUAUGCAGAGUACAGGUACUACUCAGGGUUAGGAGUGAGUUCAGUUUUGGUUGCUAUACUUUUCUUCCUUGGAAUCGGACUUCUAUGCGGUUAUUGCGGCCACCGUCCUGAUGCAUCUUACAGUGAUGAUUCAUGUGAUAAAGGAACGGCUUCUUCUUGUUUAAUGAUUGCUGUCUGGAUUAUGUUCCUUUCAUUCACUGCUUUCGUAGCUGUUACACUUGUUUACAUGAUUACGGGCUCAAUCUUAGACAGGGCAGUUUGCAGAGCAUUACACAAUCCGAGCAAUGACUCCACAUUUAACAUUUUAGACCAAGCUGUAGAUUUCAGUUCAAUAUAUGAAUCGACUCAUGGAAGAAGAGUUUUAAAUAUUAGCACUGUUAUCAGAGAAUGCCAUAAAAAUUCUUCAAUAUACAAAGUGUUAGAUUUGGAUUCAGGCUCCAUGUUGCAAUACACUCAGCAGUUUAAUCUCCCAGAGAAAGUUCGGCAGCUUUCAGAUUCAAUUGUCCUCGGAUCUGAUAUUGUCAUUAUCACUCCAACAGCUGAGAAACAGUUACGAGCUUUGGCAGCUUCACCUCUUACAACAAUAGACCUUACAGUUUAUACUGCUGUGUUGAAUGACAAGAUUACUUCAAUAGACCUAAUGCAGUUGGCUACUGCUUUGAACCACACAGCCAUGAAGCUUCCCCCUCAACAAGCUGAAGUUAAAACGAUGAUUCAAACAGAAGCUUUGUAUCUUGAAGUACAUCAAGAAAGACAGGUCGACCUAAUGGUUAAGUUGAGCAAACAACUUCAUGGCAAUGCAACUCUGUUAGCUAGUCACCUCAGGUUUAACCAUUCAUCUCUUAAACAUGCAGUUGAUGCAUUGCUCAAUGAUUUAAGACAAGCACAGAAAACAUUGAAUUCACAAGGUCCUGCCAUAGUCCGAAAGCUAGCUGAUGAGUUUGGACGAGAAUUCGGUGUCCAUAUAGAUAGCUAUCUUUCUCGUGUGGAUAAUGAAGCUAAACAAAAUGUGGGACGUUGUUGGCCAAUUUCUUUAGUUUACAACGCUACUGUUAUCUCAGUCUGCAACAACAUCCUUGAUCCUCUUAAUGGGUUCUGGCUGAGUGUCGGCUGUGUAGUACUUUUGUUUGUCCCUGCUAUUAUUUUAUCAGUGAAACUGUCCACUCUCUAUCAAAAAUCUGAGCCAUAUCCUGGUGAAUUGGUUGAAGCAGAGUACCUCUAUGAUGCAUAUGCUGAAAGGGAUAAUAUACCAUUACAAAAUAUUAAUGGAGGUGGUGUUGGGGGAGUUAAAAAGAAGAGAAGGCCGAAAAAGAAGUCUGGUGGUAAUGCAGGAAAUCGUAAUUCCAGUGCAGCUUAUAGUGCAAAUCUAUCAGGGCGAAGUGGAGCUGAAAGGCAUUGCCCUCAAGCACCGCCUGAUGAGAGAGGUAAUCAGUGGGAGCAAUAUAAUGCGAGUGCGCCUCCAAGAUAUCCAGCAAUCUCAUCGGAAUACGAAAGGCCUCCUCCGUAUUACUUUCCAGGGCCUGGGCAACAAGUGCCACCUAAUCCAUAAAUGGCUACCACCAAGUGAAUAUAUUUUCAACUUCACUAAAAGAUUGAUUAAUUUUAUGACAUAAUGACACAAAUAAAUGUGUGUUGUAAAAACAUAAUGACUAGGGUUAUUUUGUAGCCCAUUAUUAUUAUUAUUAUUUUAUUUUUUUGCACAGGUUUCUGUUAAUUAAAAAUAUAAUUAUUUUAAAAAAUAUUCAGACAUAAUGUAUAUAUAAUUUUUUCUCAUUACUUUAUAAUUUUUUUUUUAUUAUAUAACAGUUUUAUAUACAAGAUAUCUGUUAGCAAGAAUCUAAGUAGAAUCAUUUUUGUGUAAUUUUAAUAUUAAAAUAACAUAUGUUUUGUAACUUUCUAUGUUGAUACCUUAAAAGUGUUGUAAUUUAUUUUAUUGCCUAUUUGUUGUUAGUAUAGUAUUAGUUAAUCUUCAAGUUUCAAGAUUGUAUGAAUAUCAUUGUACUUUAGCUUAACCAUAGUCUAUUUUUAGUUCAUAACUUCAUGCAAAUUGCCAUUUGAGGCAGUUAUUUUACAAUUUUUUUAAACUGUUUAAUAUUAAGCAUGUGUAAUGAUAUUUCUUCCUACGUCUCUUCCUUGUAUUUUGUUACAUAAACAUGGUAACAAAGGAGGAUGUAAUACGAAUAAAAUGUGAUUGUUGACUAUGUGCCACAAGGAACAUUUCCCUUUAAAAUACAAAGAUGAAUGAACCAACAUCACAAAUUUUUAUCUGCAUGUUUUCAGGUGUGGUAGUUUUCAAUUUGAUUGUCCAACUUAGAAAAUAUUUUUCUCUAUUGAUUCUGUGUUGCAAGAUUCACUAGUAAAAUACAAUCACUUUUCUAUACAAAAUAAAUGUUAUUUUCCUAUUAAA